AUGGCUGAAAGCAGCAGUUAUCAUUCUUGCGAGGUAUGUGGUCAAAAUUGCAGGACAAAUGACGCUCUUAAAAGGCAUGAACUUAUCCACAAAGGUACUAAAUCCUAUGUUUCUAUGGUGUGUUACAAAACCUUUACUGAAAGGUGCCACCUUGUCGCGCACGAGCAGAUUCAUACAGAUGAUAAGCCCUAUCGCUGUGAAUUGUGUUGCAACAGUUUCACUAAAAAAAUUGAUCUUACUAAUCAUAUAAAAAUUCAUACUGAUGACAGGCCUUACACCUGCAAACUGUGUUCAAAUAGUUUUACUAGGAAAUCUAGCUUUUUAAGGCACAACCAAACUCAUACGGGGGAUAAACCAUACAGCUGCAAACUGUGUUCAAAAAAUAUUUCUCGAAAAUCGGACCUUGCAAGGCACGAAAAAACUCAUAUGGGUGACAAUAAGCCCUACUGCUGCCAAAUGUGUUCAAAAAGUUUUAUCAAAAAUUCGGAUCUUACGAGGCACAAGCGGAUUCAUACAGGUGACAAACCCUACGGUUGCAAACUUUGUUCAAAAAGUUUCUCUAAUAAAUGGAAUCUUACAGUACAUGAGCGUACUCACACUGGCGAGAAGUCCUACCAAUGUGAAUUGUGUUCCAACAGUUUUGCUAAAAAAAUAGAUCUUAGAAAGCACAAACGCGUUCACGCUGCUGACGAGGUUUUCAGCUGCAAACUGUGUUCAAAUAAUUUCACUCGUAAAAUCAACCUUUCAAAGCAUGAGAAAAAUCAUACGGGUGAUAAACUCCUCGAGUGCAAACUGUGUUCAGACAGUUUUUUUCUAAAGUCGGACCUUUUAAGGCACGAGCGGACUCACCCAGGCUACAAGCCUUACAGGUGUAAAAUGUGUUUAAAAAAUUUUCUUAAAAAAUCAAACUUUACACGGCACGAGAAGAUCCAUACAGGUGAUAAACCCUACGAGUGCAAACUGUGCUUAAAACGUUUUAAUCGGAAAUCCAGCCUUACAAGGCACGAACAAAAUCGCACAAAUGAUAACACCUCCGGCAGCAAACAGUGUCCAAGGAGUUUUGCUAGAAAAUCACACCCUACAACGCAUGAGCAGACUCAGCUUAAACUAAACUCUACUGCAGUGUCACUUGGCUUGAGUGACAAGACUGUCUCAAAUUAUCAAAUAAAGUAUACUUUUGGAAGCCAUCGCCUAAUGUCACUCUACGUCACCUCUGUAAGAACAAUCCACGUAAGAUACGAUGAAAAUUACAACAUUAGGAUAAAUGAUGUUAUUGAUUCGGUAGUUUAUGUACUGUCGAUCGCCUUCAGUGGAUCACUCAACAGUUUCACAGUGCAGGCUUUCGUGUACUACAUCAAGACAUUCUGUAGUGACUUCGUCAGACCAUAUUGUUUGUGA